AUGGACACAGUGGAGGAGAUGCUCCAUGAGCAGCUCUUGAUUUUGUUUGCUUCGCAAACAGGAAAUGCAAUGGAUGCUGCUGAACGGCUUGGCCGUGAAGCCGAGCGUCGUGGUUGCCCCUCAGUCUCUGUUCUCUCAAUUGAUGAAUUUCAACCUAGCAACUUGCCAAAUAAGGAGGCUGUGAUUUUUGUGGUGUCAACCACAGGUCAAGGAGAGAACCCAGACUCCAUGAAGUCGUUUUGGAGGUUUUUAUUGCAAAAGAACUUGACAAGGGAAUGGCUUAAAGGAGUUCAUUAUGCUGUGUUUGGAUUGGGAGAUUCAAGCUACCAAAAAUAUAACUUUGUGGCUAAGAAGCUUGACAAACGACUCUCUGAUCUUGGUGCAGUGGCUGUUAUUGAAAGAGGCCUGGGCGAUGAUCAACACCCUUCAGGGUAUGAAGGGGCUCUGGAUCCUUGGAUGUCUUCCUUGUGGAAUAUUUUGUACCAAAAGAAUCCCAAACUACUUCCAAAUGGCCCUGAUUUAUCGACACCUGAUGCAACUUUACUAGAUCAACCAAGAGUGCAAAUUAUAUUUCAUGAUGCCGAAGAAUGGGUGCCACCUCAUUCAACAACCACUGAUUUAAUUGAACUUGGGAUGCAAAUCGAGAGGGUUCGUUCGAUGACUCGUGGAAAGUUUUCUGGUAAAAACAACCCUGAUUGCUUCCUGCAGAUGACCAAAAAUCAUCUGUUAACUAGAGCAGGCAGCAGGAAGGAUGUGCGUCACUUGGAAUUUGAAGCUGUUUCAUCUUCAAUAAAUUAUGACGUGGGUGAUGUUCUCGAGAUUCUUCCUGGCCAAAGUCCUACUGCUGUUGAUGCGUUUAUACAGCGUUGCAAUUUGAACCCUGAUUUAUACAUAACUGUUCAGCAUAGAGAUGAAGCGAGGUAUGGCUUUCGGGAUCUUUCUAUGUUCCCUGUGAAGCUAAAAUCGUUUGUUGAGUUAACAAUGGAUGUUGCAUCGGCUUCCCCAAGGCGUUAUUUCUUUGAGGUCAUGGGUCAUUUUGCUACCGCUGAACAUGAAAAGGAGAGGCUGCAAUAUUUUGCCUCACCUGAAGGAAGUAAUGAUCUUUACCAGUACAAUCAGAAGGAAAGGAGGACUGUCCUGGAGGUACUGGAGGAUUUUCCUUCUGUGCAGAUGCCGUUAGAAUGGCUGGUACAGAUUGUCCCCCCUCUGAAAACAAGGGCGUUCUCCAUUUCCUCUUCUCUUUCAGCUCAUCCAAAUCAAGUGCACUUAACUGUUAGCGUUGUAUCAUGGACAACUCCUUACAAGAGGAAACGUGAAGGCCUUUGCUCAUCCUGGCUUGCCAGUCUCGAUCCUGAGCAAAGAGUUGUUAUACCCGCAUGGUUGAGUAAAGGUUCUCUUCCUGCCCCACCAGCAUCACUUCCUCUCAUUCUCGUGGGACCUGGGACUGGAUGUGCCCCUUUCCAUGGAUUUGUCGAGGAAAGAGCCUUGCAGGGAAAAACUAUUCCCACGGCCCCAAUCCUUUUCUUUUUUGGCUGUAGAAACCAAAGUGAUGACUUUCUGUAUCGGGAUUUCUGGUUUUCACAUUCAGAAAACAAUGGAGUACUUUCUAAAGACAAGGGUGGAGGAUUUUUUGUUGCUUUUUCGAGGGAUCAGCCGCAGAAGGUGUACGUACAGCACAGAAUGAGGGAGUACCGUAAGAAGAUAUGGAGCUUGCUGACUCUUGGUGCUGCCAUUUAUGUUGCGGGGUCCGCUAACAAAAUGCCUUCGGAUGUUUUAUUGACAUUUGUGGAAAUCGUUUCGAGUGAAGGUGGGGUUUCCAGAGAGGAGGCUUUGAGGUGGAUUAGGGCGCUCGAGAAGGCUGGCAAGUAUCACGUUGAAGCCUGGUCUUCUUGA